AUGCAUAUCACCCUUGCACACUCUCUCGCCAUCUUGAGCAUUCUCACCUACUCUUCCACAGCAUUAGUAUUGCAACAAACAUCCGCCGGUCUCCAAAAUGACUCGGAAUAUGAUGGCGCGGCAGAACAAACUAUUUCUCCUCCCACAGCAAUAGAUUCCAACCCUCUCUUCCCAAGAUCUCUAUCUACUAUUCCUUCCGAUAAAUCAUCGCCUACAAUUAUACUCGAUGAACUCAUAGAUGCCGAUAUAGCACCAGAAGCGAAACUUCCCGCACGCAAUUUAGGUCCGUUGGGACAGGAAGGAUUCAACAUCGCUACAUAUCUCACCAAUCCCAUCAACACCCAGGCCGCGGUGACUUCUCAAAUCCUAGCUCCCGCGCCUUCGAUUACUGCGGAUCCAAGCUGGAGUGAAAUAUUCCUCACUCCUACAACUACGGUGAUUAUUCCCGCUUCUACGAUUUACUAUACUGUGGCUACGGUUACAGUUGCUGCUCGGAGUAUCAAUACAUUUGCAAGCGAUUCCGCGAUUUCGCAAGUAAAUUCGGCGCUACCGCAAACGUUCCACACAAUUACCACCAGAUCGUCUACUCUCGCUUCAUCGAUUCUUCGUCAAGAGAACGGAAAGCGUGGUUUCGAGGAAGAUAAGAAGGCUUGUGAAGCGCUGGAGCAGUCGGAGGUGCUAAAUUGUUUGGAGACGGAGGGGUUGUUGGUGCCGUACACGACGGUUACGGAGGUGCUGGGGGGGAAGACGAUGGUUUUGGUGGAGGUUAGUGUGGGGGCGGGGAGGGCACGGAGGGAGGCGGUGGUUACGGGGAGGGUGUAG